AUGGAUGCUUUCGAGUACAAUUCCAACCCUGCCCGGAUUAUUUUCGGCAGCGGAACGAUCAAGAGGCUCCCGCAGGAGCUCGAGGCCCUUGGCCUGUCCAGACCUCUUGUGCUUUGCACACCGCAGCAGACAUCGCAAGCCGAAGAUGUGAAGAAAAUCCUCGGGGGCAAGAUUGCGGGGAUAUUCUCCCAGGCUACGAUGCACACACCUGUUGAGGUGACCCUCCAGGCCGUCAAGUACGCUGAGGAAUCGAAUUGCGACUCCCUGAUCUCUAUUGGAGGCGGAAGCACCAUCGGCCUGGGGAAAGCAAUUAGUUUUCGCAAAGGUUUCUACCAUGUUACGAUUCCCACCACAUACGCCGGGAGCGAGGUGACGCCAGUGGUGGGCGAGACAGAGAAUGGUCGCAAGACUACCAAGUCUGAUCCCAAGAUCCUUCCCGGUAUGGUCAUUUACGACGUCGACCUCACCUUGACCCUCCCUGUUGGUAUGAGUUCGACAAGCGGUAUUAAUGCCAUCGCGCACGCCGUCGAGGCCCUCUACGCCCGCAACGGGAACCCUAUCAUCAACCUACUCGCACAGGAAGGUGUUCGCGCCCUUGCUGAGGCUCUUCCUGAGGUGAAGAAAGAUCCCAAGUCUGUCGCCGCACGAUCCAAGGCAUUGUAUGGCGCCUGGUUGUGCGGCACAUGUCUGGGAAGUGUCGGCAUGUCACUUCACCAUAAAUUAUGUCACACUUUAGGAGGGAGUUUUGGUUUGCCUCACUCCGAAACCCACACAAUUGUGUUGCCCCAUGCUCUGGCAUACAAUGCCCCCAAUAUCCCUUCGGCCAUGGAUGCCUUGAGCAAAGCUCUGCCUGAGAGCAACGGGGAUGCUGUGCAUGGUUUGAAUGUCCUGCUGGCGAAGCUAGAAGUGAAGCGAGAUCUCAAAUCAUUUGGCAUGAAAGAGGAAGAUGUGGCAAAAGCGGCAGAAAUAGCCCUGAGCAACCCAUACUGGAACCCUCGCAAGGUGGACAACAGGGAUGCUAUUCAAGAAUUGAUUCGCCGGGCUUGGGCUGGCGAAGAUGCCAAGGCAGAUCUAUGA